AUGUCAUUGAAGGGAAAGACUAUAUUCAUUACAGGUGCAUCAAGAGGCAUUGGAAAGGAGAUUGCCUUAAGAGCUGCUAAGGAUGGUGCUAAUAUUAUUAUUGCCGCCAAGACUGCUGAUACCAACCCAAAGCUGCCAGGUACUAUCUACUCGGCACAGAAGGAGAUUGAAGCCGCUGGUGGUCAAUGUGUUGCAUGUGUCUGUGACAUUAGAAGUGAGGAGCAGAUCGAAGCUGCUGUUCGCAAGGGUGUUGAGAGAUUCGGUGGUAUCGAUAUCCUCAUCAACAACGCCAGUGCCAUCUCUCUCACCGGUACACUCGAGACUCCAUCAAAGAAGUUCGAUCUCAUGAUGGGCAUCAACACAAGAGGAACAUACUUGACAACUCAGAAGUGCCUGCCAUACUUGCUAAAGUCGUCGAAUCCACAUGUGUUGAACAUCUCUCCACCACUUAACAUGAACAGCCGUUGGUUCAAGAAUCACACUGCCUACACGAUGGCCAAGUAUGGAAUGUCCAUGUGUGUGCUGGGCAUGGCCGAGGAGUACAGAGGCCAGAUCGCAUUCAACGCCCUCUGGCCAAGAACAGCCAUCUUCACCGCCGCCAUGGAGAUGUUGGCCGGACACAGCCAGGAGAUCAAGAGCGAGUGCCGCAAGCCUGCAAUCAUGUCGGACUCUGCCCACUGGAUUCUGACCCAGCCACAGGCCAGCGUCACCGGCCAAUUCUUCAUCGACGAGGACAUUGUCAGCAACCGUCUCGGUGUCAAAGAUCUAGACAUCUACGCCUACGUCCCAGGUCACGCCCUCAUGCUCGACUUCUUCCUUGAGGAGGAAGGAUAUGCUCAUCAACAAAUGAAGUCCAAGCUCUAA